GCUGCUUGCUGCCGGGGAAACGGAGUUCCGAUUGCGGACGGAAUUGUGCCGGUGGACUAAAAAACUCCCGCCAUUUCGACCAGGAAUUAACCUCUUGAUUGAUCCAGGUUACUUUUUUUUUUUUUUUUUUUAAUUUCCUCCCCCCUCAACUUCUAACACUUGUUAAUUCUCUGAUCUGAGCAAUGCAGCAGACACAGUUGAUCACAGGAGAGGAGGCCUAGUUUGCAAAGACUUCUCCGGCGCGUCAGACCUCCCGCUGAACGGAGCUCUUCACCGGCGUGCUUCACCCUCUCACUGGCGCUGAAAAACAAACAAAAAAAGUUUACCUGCCACACCUGCCACGUGUUUCCCCCAACCCCAAAACACUGCGUGGACAUCACCAUGGCCCCGCUGCUGGAGGAGAGGAGAAGGAUGCGAUGAGGCGGGAGCCGAGAAGCGCACUGUUGUUGUUUUGCAACGAGUUAGCUCGUCGGCUAGCUAGCCUAGCCUAGCUGCUACACGUUGGAGCCGGGCCCCGCCGGUGCUGAGGACACAUUACUACAACGCACAUUGUUUUAGUAGAAGUUUUUUGUUGUUUUUUUUUUACAUCUGUAGAGGUUGAAAUGGCGCCACUUUUAGGCCGGAAGCCGUACCCGCUGGUUAAGCCGCUAGCCGAGCCAGCAGGCCCGGGAGAGGAGGUCUACACCAUCGAGCACACCAAGGAGGCCUUCAGGAACAAAGAAGAGUAUGAGGCACGCUUACAGAGGUAUAGUGAGCACAUCUGGACAUGCAAGAGCACUGGAAGCAGUCAACUCACGCACAUAGAAGCAUGGGAGGAGGAACAAGAAGUCACCGAACUGCUUCAGGAGGAGUAUCCCCAGUGGUUUGAGAAGCCAGUCCUGGAGAUGGUCCACCACAACACAGUGUCUUUAGACAAACUGGUUGAAAUGGCCUGGCUGGAAAUCCUCACCAAGUAUGCUGUGGAUGAAGAGUGUGACUUCCUGGUGGGGAAGGACAAAAGUCUGCAAGUGAAGGUGGUCAAGAUCCAUCCUCUCGACAAUCCAGAGGGUGAGUCGGGGGAGAAGAAGCUUGAAGGCGCCUGUGACUCUCCAUCCAGCGACAAGGAGAAUGCAAGUCAGGAGAACCAGAGGAAAGAACCUCCUCCCAGAGAAGAGGAGAACAGAAGAGAAAGUCUUAGUGACAGAGCACGACGUUCCCCAAGGAAACUUCCCACUGCCAUGAAGGAAGAGAAGAAGAGAUGGGUGAUGCCCAAAUUCCUUCCUCAUAAGUACGACGUGAAGCUCAUCAAUGAGGAUAAGGUGAUCAGUGACGUCCCAUCAGACAGUCUUUUCAGAACGGAGCGCCCUCCAACCAAGGAGAUCAUGCGCUACUUCAUCAGGCACUAUGCUCUGAGGCUGGGCAUGGGCGAGAGUGCUCCCUGGGUGGUUGAAGAUGAACUAGUUAAAAAAUUUAACUUGCCCAGCAAAUUCAGUGACUUUCUUCUUGAUCCACACAAGUUUUUAGCAGAGAAUCCCUCCGCAAAGCGUAAGAGCUUGUCCUCUCCAGAGGGUAAACCCAGCAAGAGGCUGAAGAGCCCUGACACACCAGGAGAGGAUUCAGGAAACGAGAAGGGAGAGAAGAAGAGGAAAAGAAAGAAGGACUCUUUAGGCAUGCCACUCAGUCCAACCAUUUGGGGCCACAUGCAGAAAAUGAAUGGCUCCCCACUUAAGGUGAAGAACUCUGGAACUCCAAAGAAAGGAGAAGGCAAAGGCUCAGCUCCCUCCACUCCAAAAUCAGGCAAGAAGUCUGGGGACAAGAAAGAAGGAAAGAAAACUGGAAAGAGCGGCGACAAGAAGCUCAAUGUCCUCAAAACUUCUAAAAAGGACGGUAAAGCUGGUGCUAAGACACCGAAGAUGAAGCAGAUGACUCUGCUGCAUCUGGCUAAGAGCACCGCUGCUGGGAGCCCCAAGAAGAGAGCUCGUAGUUCUGGCAUGGGUACGCCGAAACUGGGAAAGCCACUGCACCCUAUGGCUCUCCAUCUCCUUCGUUACUAUAAGGAGCACAAGGGAAAAGAGGACAAAAAGAACUCCCUUUCCUCCCUCAUCUCCAAGGCUGCAAAGACCUUGUCCCCCGAUGAUCGGGACCGGCUGCCCGAAGAGCUCAAAGAGCUGGUGCAGAAACGCUGGGAGCUCCUGGAGCAGAAGAAGCGAUGGGCAGCCAUGAGUGAGGAGGAAAAGCAGGAAGAGAUGAAGAAAAAGCGCGAGGAACUCAAAGAGAAACUUCGAGAAAAGGCCAAGGAGAGACGCGAGAAGGAGAUGCUGGUCCGCCGCGAACAAUCGCGCAGAUACGAGGACCAGGAGAUCGAAGGUGGCAAGACGCUGCCGGUAUACAAGCUCGUAGACAUGCCCGAGGGGUUGCCCAACACCCUGUUUGGUGAUGUGGCUAUGGUCGUCGACUUCCUCCACUGCUAUGCGGGGCUACUGAUGCCUGAUGACCAGUAUCCCAUCACGGCAGUGGCUCUGAUGGAAGCACUGGCAGGCGAACGGUCCGGCUUCCUCUACCUGAAUCGUGUGCUGGUGGUGCUGCUUCAAACGCUGCUGCAGGACGAGCUGGCAGAAGGCUACAGUGAGCUCGAUAUGCCCUUAUCUGAGAUCCCCCUCACCAUGCACUCAGUCUCAGAGCUGGCACGGUUGUGCCUGCGACCAUGCGACGCCCACGGGGAGGAGAGCAACCAGGGUUCAGUGGACUCUGGGGCUUUGGGCGGCUUCGACGAUGUGGUGACCAGUGAGUUCUUGGAGAAGCUCGAGACAAUCGAGGUGUUUGAGCUGAGCCCCGAGGAGAAGGUCAGCCUGCUGGUGGCACUGUGCCACCGCAUACUCAUGACGUACUCGGUUGAAGACCACGUUGAUGCAAUGCACCAACGGUCGGCAGAGGUGUGGAAGGAGCGUCUGGCAAUGCUGAAAGAGGUCAAUGACCGCAAGAAAGCAGAGAAGCAGAUGCGAAAGGAGAUGGAGGGCAAAGGCGAGAAAAAGAAAGAGGGGAGUGCUAAGAAGGAGAGCAAAAAAGAAGUGAAGGUAGAGCCAGAACCAGAGCCAGAGGACAUGAUCAGCUCGGUGAAGAGCCGGCGACUGAUGUCCAUGCAGGCCAAGAAGGAGAAGGAGGAGAUGGACCGACAGAACAAAGAGCGCAUGGAGAAAGAGGCUGAAGAGGAGCGUAUGCGUAAACAGAGGGCUGCUGUAGAAAAGGCCUUCCAGGAUGGAAUAACAAAAGCCAGACUUGUCACGCGCAGGAUCCCACUGGGAACUGACAGAAAUCACAACAGAUACUGGCUUUUCUCUGACGUGGUUCCUGGUCUGUACAUUGAGAAAGGCUGGGUGCACGAAAGCAUCGACUACAGCUUCACCCCUCCACCCGAGGACAAACCAGCCGAGCCCGAGGUAGAGGAGGAAGAGGAUGGUGAGUCGGCCUCUACUCAUGAUUUACAAGGAGCUGAAAAGGAUGAUGGCAGCAUUGAUGGUGCUAUAAGUGACGGAGCCCAGCAGGGAGCAGCAGCAGACAUCUGCAUAGAAACUACUGUUCCCAACCAAGGACAGAACCUCUGGUUUGUUUGUGACAACACAGCUGAGCUGGAGGAACUAGUGGAGAGUCUUCAUCCUCAGGGGGUUAGAGAGAGUGAACUGAAGUCCAAGAUACAAAGCAGGUACCAGGACGUCCUCCACUCUGUCCAUAUGACCCGUAAGGUUAGACUUGGCCUCAGGACCUGCGAUGGUUUCUCAGAGCUGCUCAAUUACCUGCGCAGUGACAUCCAAGAGGUAGCCUCACGACUCCAUAAGGGAGGCCUGGGAUACCUGGAUGACAACGUAGACAUCGAAGAGCAGUUGAAAGACAUGGAGAACUUGAAAGAGUUUGGUGAGUGCAUCAUCACCAUUCAGGCCUGCAUAAUCAAAAAGUUCCUGCAGGGAUUCAUGGCCCCCAAGCAGAAGAAGAAGAAAAAGCAAGGAGGCGAGGAAAGCAGCAAGGCUGAAGAGGUGGACGACGAGAAGAGACUUGCAGAAGAGGCCAGGGUGGCGACAGCGGUAGAAAAGUGGAAGACUGCUAUCCGAGAGGCCCAGACCUUUUCCCGCAUGCACGUCCUGCUGGGGAUGUUGGACGCCUGCAUAAAGUGGGACAUGUCUGCCGAGAAUGCUCGCUGCAAAGUCUGUCGCAGGAAAGGUGAUGAUGAGAAACUUAUCCUCUGUGACGAGUGCAACAAGGCCUUCCACCUGUUCUGUCUGCGGCCGGCCCUGUACCGCAUCCCAACCGGGGAGUGGCUGUGUCCGGCCUGCCAGCCCACUGUGGCCCGACGUGGCUCCCGUUCAAGGAACUACAACCAAGACACAGAUGAAGAGGAGGACGAGGAGGAGUCUGAAGAGGAAGACUCUGAGGAAGAUGAAGAUGAUGAGGAGGAGAAUGACUACAAAGCCAUGGGUCACAGCUUGAGACCAAGGAAGAAAAAUAAGCAGUCUUCAUCUCGGCAGAAGACUUCAAAAAGUAAACCCAAGAAGCAGUCGUCUUCAAGUAGUCAGAGCAGCAAACAGAGGACUGGUCCCAGCAGCCCUGCAGACAUCGAUGAACUGGUGCGACAGAGUUCCCAAACAGGAGUGCGCAGACAGGUACUGGAGCUUGAGAGGUGCGAGGAAAUCCUCAAGAAACUGAUGAAGUUCCGCUACAGCUGGCCUUUCAGGGAGCCUGUGUCUGUGGAGGAGGCCGAGGACUACUUGGACAUCAUCUCCCAGCCCAUGGAUUUCGAAACGAUGCUUGGUAAAUUCAGCCAGGGCUCGUAUCGCCACGCCCAGGAUUUCCUGGAAGACCUGAAACUAGUCUUCUCCAACGCGGAGGAGUACAACCAGCAAGGCAGCACCGUGCUCUCCUGCAUGGUCAAGACGGAGCAGACGUUCACCGAGCUGAUCCAAAAGCUGCUCCCAGGCCUCAGCUACCUCCGGCGGCGUUCACGCAAACGCGUCAGCCGAGCCCCGGCAACAUCUGAAGAGGAGGAGGAUGAAGAGGAUGAAGAAGAAGAGCAGCAGCAGCAGGAGGAGGAGGAACCAAAGAAGAAGAUGCAGAAUGGCAAAUCGAACAGGAAGAAAAGCAGAAAUGUUCGAGGACGGAGGGAAGAGGAGAGCGAGAGUGGUGGUGAGGAGGAGGAUGAUGAUGACGAUGGCAGGAGGAGAAGUAAGAGGUCCUCUACCACCUCAGGCAAGAAGGAUUACAGGGAGCAGGAUAGUGAUGGCGAGCGGGACACACGGAGAACUCGCCACGGGGGCCGGGGCGACGCUGGCGGGGCGAGCAGCGACGAGGACCGGUCCAGCCAGCAGCGACAUUCCAAGCGACAGAAACGCUCAUGAAGUCCAGGGUGCUUAUUUUUUUUAAUUUGUCGUCUCUUUGCUUUAAAAUUUCUGUCCCGCUCUUCUAAAAAUUAUCAAGAGCCCUCCAGCUCCUCCUCCUCCUCCUCCUCCUCCUCCUCCUCCUCACAGCCAGCGGGACUUAAUCCUCAGAAGGACUUUUUUUGUUUUAUUGAAUUUCUGUUCAUAUUUUGAAAAACGACAAAAGAAAACUGAUUUAUAUUUGUAACAUGUUUAAUAUUGGUGAAUAUUUUUUGUUUUGUUUUUCAACCAAGACAAAUGAGACAUCUGAGAUGAUGGAUGGGUCCUCGUAGCUCUUAAGACUCUUUGAUUAGAAUUUCUGUUCCAAGUUGACAACAUCUCUCUCACACACACACACACACACACACACACACACACACACACACACACACACACACAAAAGUGUAUUUUGACUUAAAUGUUGUCAGUUAAAAAGAUGGUGUCCAUGUAGCCGAAAACCCUCUGGGAAAUCUUUCUUUGUUAAAAACAACGCUGAUGGCUGAUAUGAAUUUUUCCCGUCACCUGUAAAUCGCUCUUACUACUAAGCAUCUUGACACCAAGAUUAUCUUUGGUCAAAUGCCAGUCUAUAGAUAAACAUGAUAGGAUUUUUACUAGUUUUAGAAUUUUUUCCCAGCCCAGGUGCAGAUUUAGUGUCAAAAGCUGGGUCGACACUUCAGGUCACACAUGUAGUUGCAUCCAUUUAGUGCUAAAACACAAAGUUUCAUCUCAGCUCUUGGUGCCAAGAUGUUUUCAAAAACACGGACUCGAUUUGUUGGGUCUCAUUUUGUGCGUGUCGAGCUGACCAGCCUUUCCUCUGUAGUGCCCUGCCACUUUAAAACGAACCGGUACCUCAAUGAUCCAUCAGUUUGCACUCCUGUGUAAAGUGCACCUAUUAUGCCAGCAGCUGCAGGACCAGACUUUAUUGAAAUUAUGUGCAUAAACAUUUGUAAACAUUGUUUAAAAACAAAAAUAUGUGACAUUUGUUAAGAAAAUGGGGCAUUUUUGAAUAUUUGAUAUUUUUUGCACAUUUUAUUUGGUAUUGUAAAUGAUAACUUGUUGAUCUUAAUCACAUCGAAUAAAUGGCGAGGUUUGAUUAACCGGGGCUCUCCUAGUCAAUGCAGAGAA